CAACAUUUGGGGGAGGGAGGGAAACGAAAGAAAAGCUUAAAUACGGCUUUUGUGGAGGAACGGGAAAGAAUAGCCGGCACAUUAGAGCGAUCUGAAAAAAAAAAAAAAAAAAAGAGAGAGAGAAAGGCUUCGAGAGAGAAAGAGGAGCGAAGAAGAAGUCGCUUCUCUCUAAGGUCCAGUAAGACUCUCUCCGAGAUAUUAAACUUUAACAAUGGGUGCGGGUGGUAAUAUGUCAGCACCUUCAACAAAGAAGGGAGAUCAAAGCGUCUUACGCCGAGCUCCUCAUUCGAAGCCUCCUUUUACUCUAAGCCAAAUCAAAAAGGCCAUUCCUCCUCACUGUUUUCAACGCUCUGUUCUUCGGUCAUUCUCCUACGUUGUCUACGACCUGAUUAUCGUUUCUCUGUUGUAUUUUGCCGCCACCACUUUCAUUCCUCUCUUACCCACUCCACUCACUUACCCUGCUUGGAUUGCUUACUGGAUUUGCCAAGGUUGUGUCUGCACUGGUAUUUGGGUUAUUGCCCAUGAAUGUGGCCACCACGCAUUCAGUGACUACCAAUGGCUGGAUGACACUGUUGGUUUAGUCCUUCACUCCUUACUCCUGGUCCCAUACUUCUCAUGGAAAUACAGUCACCGUCGUCAUCACUCUAACACCGGUUCUCUAGAACGUGACGAAGUGUUUGUCCCUAAACCUAAAUCAGAAAUGUCAUGGUUCUCUAAGUACCUCAACAACCCCCCUGGCCGAGUCCUCACUCUUACCGUCACACUCACUCUUGGCUGGCCAUUAUACUUAACAUUCAAUGUUUCAGGUCGGCACUAUGAGCGUUUUGCUUGCCAUUUCGAUCCCCAUGGCCCGAUUUACAGUGACCGUGAACGUCUUCAAAUUUACAUAUCUGAUAUUGGCUUCUUUACUGUCGUAUACGGGCUUUACUUAUUGGCAGCAGCAAAAGGACUCACUUGGGUUAUCUGUAUUUAUGGGGUUCCACUGUUGAUUGUGAACAGCUUUCUUGUUUUGAUUACUUAUUUGCAGCACACUCACCCUUCACUCCCUCAUUACGACUCAUCCGAAUGGGACUGGUUAAGAGGAGCACUGGCUACGAUGGAUAGAGAUUACGGCAUACUGAACAAAGUUUUCCACAACAUCACUGAUACUCAUGUUGCUCACCAUUUGUUCUCAACAAUGCCUCACUAUAAUGCAAUGGAAGCUACCAAAGCUAUCAAGCCAAUCCUUGGAGAUUAUUAUCAGUUUGAUGGAACCUCAUUUUACAAGGCCAUGUGGAGAGAAGCAAGAGAGUGUAUGUAUGUCGCACCAGAUGAAGGUUCUGACCAGGUAAAUAAAGGAGUCUUCUGGUACAAUAACAAGCUUUGAAGAAAGAAACAACCAAGAUGAAAAGAAGGCGUGCAUAAAGAGUUAGUGUUAGGUGGGAGGAGUGCUCUUAAACAUCAUUUGGGUAACAUUAAUAAUAAUCGCCAGUUCAUGAUGGAGGACGCUAGUAGAUGUAGGGUUGUGUUCCUUUUUCUUUUCUUUUAAUCUUUGUUUUUGUAGUAACCAGUGAGUGGUGUCUUUGUAUUGUGUGUUGGGAACUACUGCCUUUAAAAACAGGAUCUCCUCCACUUGUAAUGGUGAUCUCUUGUAUGAGUUAUGCAUAGUUCUCUGCUUGUUCUUACAUACUGUUUAAACUAUGUAUCUUAACUUCCAUAUGCUAUCCGUUAAAGGCCACUGUUGUUUUUCUA